UUAAAUUUGAACAGCAACACAUGGCGGGAUGUAGUUAAAUGGAUUAAGACUGUUCCUCGAUUUAGGUUUAAAUCAAGAGUACAUUUUUCAUGGUUCAGUGACGAUUUUACAAUCUCUAGUCUGUGUACCAGUGAAGAUCGUCGAAAAUGAAGAGAGUGUCAGCAUUUUCUGUUUUCAAAUCGAAAAAGGAGGUAGAGCCGCAGAAUGAUAUUGACAGGAGCACUAUUCGUCGUGCCGCCAGUACACCUGCUGUAAAUGUAAAUGAUGAUAAGAAGACUGAUGGCAGAAGUAAAAAAAUCCUGAGAGCACUGAAGUCAGGCAGUCUGCGACAAAGUUUGCGGGGAACGCCAAAGAUAAGGCCUUCCAUCCUAAAGAUGCGUGAGAGUGGUCCAGUGGCUGGAGAUGGAGAUACAGUAAAACUGACCAGUCUACGGGCAUCCAACUCCGACCUGACCAACGACUCCACACCAGCUGUUGCUUCAAAGUCACACAAGGAAAAGCUGUCCAGUGCAAGUCUUCGUCAAGACACACCCAAGGUACCACAAACAACAAUCAUCAAGCCUCGACGUAAGAUGCACUCCGGCACUAACCCCUUACCACCUAAAGGUAAAGUCCAGUCACAAUCAAAGCCUCCCAUUGACUCAUCACAGUCAUCUGGUAAGGUCAAGCCAAGGUCAGUCAAAGAUGAAAACUCAUCAGAACCUCAAAUAAAGUCACCCAAAUCACCAGCCAGCAAAGAGAAUUCCUCACCCAAACUAGGAAAAGAAGGGGAGUCUCCAAAUUCAAGAUCAACGCAGAAAAAAACCAAGAGACACCAUAACUCUGCUGAAAAUGGAACACCAAGCAAGAAAAAGAAAUCUGAGAAUUCCAAAAGUGAUCAGUUUGAAUGUAGCACAGAGGAAAUAGAGCAAGCCAUGGAUUUUGCAGAAGAAACUGUAAUGGAAAAUUCUAAUUUACCAUACAUGCAUGACAGCACAAUGGAAGCCAAGAGAAUUUUUGAGUGUCUCAUACACCCUGUAAAACCAGACAAAUUUUUCAAAGAACUGUGGGAGAAGAAACCUUUACUGGUGAAGAGACACAUGAAGCAGUACAAUGAUGGAUGGUUCAGUACAGCAGAACUAGACAGGAUCCUGCGAGAGGAAAAUCUUCAGUUUUCAGUGAAUCUUGACAUAACAACAUAUACAAAUGGCGUGAGAGAAACCCACAAUCCUGUAGGAAGGGCGUAUGCUCCUGUGGUCUGGGACAUGUACCAGAGUGGCUGUUCAGUGCGCCUGUUAAACCCUCAGACGUACUCGAGGAACGUGUGGAAGUUACUGUCUAUGUUACAGGAGUACUUCGGCUGUUGUGUGGGAGCUAACACGUACUUGACACCUCCAGGAACACAAGGGUUUGCUCCCCACUUCGAUGAUAUAGAGGCAUUUAUACUACAGCUGGAGGGCAAGAAACACUGGCGACUAUACAGCCCACGAUCAGAUGCAGAAAAGCUGCCAAGGUUCUCCAGUGGUAACUUCACUGACGUAGAUUUAGGGGAGCCUAUAUUGGAGAAGACCCUGGAGCCUGGAGAUCUUCUAUACUUCCCAAGGGGGACAAUCCAUCAGGCUAAAACAGUUGGAGAUGAACACUCCCUACACAUCACCGUUUCCUGUUACCAGAAGAACACAUGGGGCGAUUUAUUUGAAAAGCUAAUGCCUAGGGCAGUGCAGUUAGCUGUUGAAGAAGAUGUUGAAUUCAGAAAAGGUUUGCCCCGAGGCUACCUCAAUUUCAUGGGGGUGGCUAACUCUGAUGUUGACAACCCACAGAGGAAGGAAUUCCUUCGGAAGGUGGAGCAGAUGAUGAUGAGGAUGAUAAGUAAUGCCCCAGUGGAUGCUGCUUGUGAUCAGAUGGGCAAACAGUUCAUACACGACAGUCUGCCUCCCGUUCUGUCAGAAGCUGAGAAAUCAUGCAGUAUACACAAUGGAGGAGAGAAGUGGGACAAACAGAAAAGCCAGGUUGUAGGAGCAACAGAAAUUGAACCAGACACAGCCAUCAAAAUUGUCAGGAAAGGCAUUCUCAGACUCCUAACAGAAGAGGAUGAAGUUAGGAUAUAUCACACGCUGGAGAAUGCACGGUUAUACCACAAGGUUGAUCCACAGUACAUAGACGUGGAGGCUGAGGUAGCCUCUGCUGUAGAGUUCCUCAUCCACUCCUACCCGGAGUUUGUCAGUGUGGAAAACCUGCCACUACCUACCCUGGAGAAAAAGCUUGAAAUAGCGACAUCACUGUAUGAGAAAGGAUUACUGAUCACUGGAGAGCCCCUCACAUCAUUGGACGAUGACAGCUCAUGUGACAACUGACCUCUGACUGGGACAUACCUGCGAGUUCCCAAUUGUGAUGUAGACAGAAAAUUAUAAAUGCUAAAAAGACUUGAAGCAGACUUCUACCAAGUUGUGUUCAGUAACAGAGAAAUGACUGCGUUUGAUUUAUUAUGUAUUGUCUACUGUUAAGGUCUCCUGGGACAAAGUCUCCAGUGACCUGCUGCAAUUGUCUUUUGUCUGUCAUCGUACAUCCCUAAACAAUUCAAAUUUGGGUCAUUUUGCUGAAAAAUUGCUGAACUGAUUUUAAUGAAAUUUUUAUGAAGCUUCCACAGUUAAACUUGUGAAUUAUAUGGAUCUCAGAGCCAGGGCCCUGAGGGGCGGGCCACAAAGGGGUCAAAUUUACAAAAGUUUCAACUAUAAUCCUCUCCAGACCAAGAUGUGAAUAAAAUACUCUUCAUGGACAGAAAAGAUCUAAGGUGCUUCAUGAACAUUUUGAAUUUCAUCACCUUUAGGUCACCUAUCCCCAUGGAGAGGGGUAACAUUUUACUAGAUUUUGUGUAUGGAAACAACACUUUGGGGUAUAGUUUGUUUAUUUUCAGUUGGAAAUAAUUCAAAUAUGGUUAGAAUUAUUAUCAUGGAAUGUUAGAUUGAUGGUAUGAAAACAAAAGCCUUGAAACACACCUAAGGCUUGAGGGAUUGGGCCCAGAGGAGUGAAAAGGCUUGCUUCAACAAUUUUCUCCUCAGACCUGAUGCUAUAAUCAUUGAGAGAAAUGUCCUGAGGUGAUCCAAACUUGUGAAUUUCAUUAACCCCGUUAUGAAGUGGGUACAUUUUAUAGUCUAUAUGUACUGGGAUAACACCGUGAUAUUAUGUGUAUUUUCUGAGGAAAGUAAUUUAAACUUGAUGGGAAUUUAAGUCAUGUAAUGGCAGUUUGACAGUAUGAAAACUGAGAUGCAAACAAGGGAGGUGUACAAAAAAAUUACGUUUUUCUUGAGGACCGCAAGGGCUAGGCAUUGUUUUAAUAGCAUAAUUAUCAGGAACUGGUUUACUAGAAAUUGGUGAAGACUGAUAUAGGUUUUGUCUGUUCUGAUACUUACCAGCUGUACAUAGUGUGUGUGUGUGCAGGGGCCUGUUUGUUUAUGCAGAACAACGGGUUUGUCUGUUUUUAAAUGUAAUAUUUUCGGGUAUAUGCAGGCCUUGCAAUGCUUUGUUAAGACUAGUCUGAAAGCAGCAUCAGAUUACUAUUUCAUAGACGAACAUCUCUGGUCCAACCUGUUCAACCAUUUGGAUCACGAUAAAAGAAAGUGGCCUUGGUCGUUCUUCAACACUUUGUUUGUGAAUCCAUAGUUAAAAAGACCUUUUUUGGUUUAUGUAUACCCAGGUAAACUUGUUUUCUUAGUCAUAUCACAACAACAGAAAACAGUUGUACGUUUUACAACUCAGGUGACCAUUAAGGCCCAUAGGCAUCUUGUUUUGGAAAUUUGUUUCCAUUAUUUGUUUUUUUUUUAAAUUUGAGUUGUACUACAACAGUUCCGUAUUGAUAUGUAUUUGUUACAGAAAUAAACAUGGGUUGUAAAUGAUCAUGUAAAUUGUUGUAUCAAUUAAUUACAAUUGUACAGGUGUGAUUUUAAUACUAGUAUCUUGUCUUUCAUCAAAUCCGUUAUAGCUUAUCUACAUAAUCACAAUAUGAGAAACUGUGGACAUUAUACCUAAAACGUGAGUUCCCUAUCAGUAAAACUGAGAGAGAACUGGCUAAAGGCUUGGAGUGUCCACCCCACGAUCACAUCCAUCCAUGAUGUUUGAAUGAUCACAAAACUUCACCGAUGGAGUACCAGGAUACAACUCUUGGGCUUGUUUUUCAGUAUUGUUGGUAUAUAUCAACUCGUAUGUAUCAGUAAUUAUUAACUUAUUAUAAACAAGGUUAUGUGAUAAUAAUUGAAAUGCCUAUAUGCUAUAUACUAUUUCUCAUUUUAUACAUACUUCUGUUUCUCUUAGCAGUUUACAAUCACCAAGUGUUGUAUCCCAGACUUUUAUAUUUUAAAGAUUUCACAUUAGAUUUCUAGAUUUUAUUAUAGGGAUCAUAAAUCAAAGUCCUGUUUAAUUCCUAGCUGUAUUACAACCUACUUCCCUAAUAUAGAGGACUGUACUGGUAUUAUAAUGA